AGUGGCGAGGGCGGGGCCGGCGCUGAAUGUCGGAGGCAGGAGGAGGCCUGCUCUGCUAAGAUGCUGCUCGAUUUGUCCGAGGAGCAUAAGGAGCACCUGGCCUUCCUACCGCAAGUGGAUAGCGCAGUGGUCGCCGAGUUCGGGAGGAUCGCGGUGGAGUUCCUCCGACGGGGAUCUAACCCGAAGGUCUACGAAGGCGCCGCCAGGAAACUCAGUGUGAGUAGUGACACUAUCCAGCAUGGUGUGGAAGGAUUGACAUAUCUUCUUACUGAGAGCUCCAAGCUCAUGAUUUCUGAACUGGAUUUCCAAGACUCUGUUUUUGUCCUGGGAUUCUCUGAAGAACUGAAUAGAUUAUUGCUUCAGCUUUACCUGGACAACAGAAAGGAGAUCAGAACUAUUCUGAAUGAGUUGGCACCUCGUCCUCCCAGUUACCAUAGUCUUGAAUGGCGACUAGACGUACAACUUGCAAGCAGAAGUCUCCGGCAACAGAUUAAACCCUCAGUGACUCUGAAGCUGCACCUUGAUCAGAAUGGCGAGCACAGCACCCGUCUUCUGCAGACAGACCCAGCUACCCUGCUGCAUUUGCUUCAGCAGCUGGAGCAGGCACUGGAGGAAAUGAAGACAAGCCACUGCAGGAGAGUAGUCCGCAGCAUCAAGUAGCCCCGAGGUUCAGGUGGCGAUCCAGGGACGGCUGUAUUACAUCUGGAUCUCAUGGACUCUCUUUUCUGGUCAGGAUGCUGAGAUCUUGAUUAAAAGCUAAAGUACAGUUCUUUUCUGGUGCUAAAUGCAGUCAGCUUCUUCACAAAUUGAAAAGUUUUUUGUAUUUUAAGUGUAUAAGUAGAAUGGACUAACACGAAUCUAUACUGUUCAUGUCUUCUGUGUAUAUGUGAGCCUCCUGGAAUACUGUUCAUGUCUUCUGUAUAUACAUGAUUCUCCUGGAAAAUGUUCGUGUCUUCUGUGUAUACGUGAUUCUCCUGGAAUACUGUUAAUGUAUUCCAUGUACAUGGGACUCAACUCUCCUGGAUUGGGUAUUUUUUUGUCUGUUUUAUUUUCUUUUUCCUUGAUAAAUUUUGAAAAUAAGAUUCACUGCUACUUAGAACUAUUUCUAGACAGUUCAGUAUCUUUUACUUCUAAAAGCACUGUACUAUUAUAGCCAUAGAAAAAGAUAGAGUUUUCACAAGAUUGUGUAUAUUGUUAUAGGUAGCUUAAAUAUUCUUGUCUGUAUAUGAAGGUGACAAAUAGCAAUGAUACCAUAUUCCUUACAUUUGAGUUACUGAGGCCAAUUGAUUUAAGUGACAUACAAAUUUCUGUGGUCUUAUCAUGUAUUUUAUCAGGAACUAUUUCCCAUGUUCCCAAAGCAAUUAAAAGACACGUCAUCAUUUACAUUUAUAAAUAAU